AUGAAAUUUCUUAUUCUCCUAUCUGUGAUUUUCCUAUUGGGUUGUGUACAGUCAUUGUCGAGAGGUGUAAGAGAUGAUGAGUAUGAAUUAUCAAUCCGAGAUGAACUGCCUUCAUGUAUAGCCGUCACAUUACAAGAACCAGAGCGACAAUGUCAAUAUGUAAAAGAUCAUUGUUCAGAUGAAGAUAUAGGCUACAUCAAUUAUAUUGAACUAUAUUAUUGUUCACUUUCAGAAAUACCGAUCGUUUCAUUUAUAAUUUUCAUUGGUGGAUUAGUCAUGUUCUUUAUUGGUUUAGGUUUAACAGCAUCAGAUUAUCUUUGUCCUAAUCUUUAUACAUUAUCGAAAUUUUUACAACUUUCUGAUAAUUUUGCUGGAUUAACUUUAUUAGCUUUAGGCAAUGGUGCACCAGAUGUUUUAGGUACUUAUAAGGCAAUGAGUUUAGACUCUGGAUCAUUAGCCAUAUCAGAAUUAUUUGGUGCAUCAUUAUUUAUUACUACUAUUGUUAUUGGAUCAAUGGCUAUUGUUCAUCCUUUUAAAGUUCCUCAUAGACUGUUUCUAAGAGAUGUUGGAUUUUAUUUAUGUAUUGUUUGCUUAAUAGGUUUAAGUUUACUGAUAUUAACAUUUUCCAUAAUCAUUUGUAUAAUUCUUGUUAGUGCCUAUUUCUUUUAUGUCACGGUAGUAAUUCUUGAUCAUUCUUACUUAAAGACUGAGGCUGCAAGAAGAUUGAAACUGCAAAGAUCAAGAGGUAAUUAUUCUGUCAAUUCUACAUCACCUUUAAAUUUUCAAGAUGAUGAAGAUGAUGAUGGUAAUAAUGUUUAUCUUGAUACUUUUGCAACUUUACCAACUAUUGAAGAUUUAGACUUAACUGCUGGCAGUCUUGAGUCACGAGAUUUAAGAAGAGAAUAUACUACUAUGAUGAGAAAUGAUUCUUCAACUCAUGCACCAGUAGAAACUGGUCAAUAUGGUUUGAAAGUACUUUUGAAAGAUUUAUCUAGACAAUCAAAUUUAAAUUCAGUUCAUCUUGAUAAUGAUAGACCCCUUACGGCUCCAUCAGUAUAUGUAACAACUCCUGGUUCCAAUAAAAGUCCUAAUCCUUCUGAUGAAGAUAUUCAUCAUAGACAAUUAUCUAAUGAUGAUGAUGAUUUAAAUGAAGAUGUAGUAUUACAAGAAGAAAGAGAAACCGAGAUUGAAAUGCAAACAUUUCUAUUAUUGGCAUCCAAUAAAAAUUGGUUAAGCUAUUUAAAGAAUGAAGAUUCUAUCUUAGUAGAACUUUUAGCACCACAAUUUGUUGGAUUUUCUGAUUUUACUUGGUUUGAUAAAAUUUAUUAUAUUGUUACAUUCCCAAUUUCACUUGUAUUAAGAUUAACAAAUCCUGUGAGAGAUCAUUCAAUAAUUGCUAUGUUAGAUGAUAUGAAAAGAUCAGAAUCAAGACAUGCAUUAUCAUUUUCUCAUGAUUCAGUUCAAAGUGAAGUUAAUGAAUUUGAUUUUGAAUUAGAUCGAAUAUUACUUAUUAUUCAAAUUAUGUUAGGAACUAAUUUAUUUUGUCUAACUCAUUUUUCAGGUUUUAAUAAUUAUUUAACUAUAAUAUUUAUUGGAUUUAUCUUUUCAAUUGCUAUUUCAAUUUUAAUUUGGAUUAAUUAUAAGGUUCGUGAAUUUAGUGGUUAUGAUUUAUUUGUAUUAAAAAUUAUAAAUAAUCUUACAUCAUUUGUUGGAUUUUUAAUUUCUAUUACUUGGAUAUCAAUUUAUGCUACUGAAAUUAUUGGAAUAUUAAAAUCUUUAGCUAUAAUAUAUCAUAUUAGUGAUGCAAUUCUUGGAGUAACAGUAUUUGCAUUAGGUAAUUCAAUUGGAGAUUUAAUUUCUAAUUAUACUAUUGCCAAAAUGGGUAUGCCAAUUAUGGCUUUUAGUGCAAGUUUUGGAAGUCCUUUAAUAUCUUUAUGUUCAUUAGGUUUAAGUGGAUUAAUUGUAAUACCUUGGGAAAGUUUUACUGAUAAUUAUAAUUUUAAUAUAACUGGAACUGUAAUAAUUACAUUUAUUAGUUUAAUUUUAAAUAUUAUUUUUAUUCUAAUAGCUAUUCCAAGAAAUGAUUGGAUGUUAGAUAAAAAAAUUGGUACAAUUCUUGUUUUGAAUUGGUUUAUUGCUACAACAAUUUGUCUCAUAAAUGAAAUAAUUUCAUAG